CCACACAGGGUCACCUCCUUAGCCUGGGAAGCCUAGGAAGGCUCUCCAGGGAGGUGAUGGCUGGGUGUGGGAGGUAAUGGGAGAGAGAGGGAGUGGGCAUUCCAGGCCUGGGGAACAGCCCUUGUGAUGGCGGGGAGGAGUAGAACAAGCCUGCAGUUUAAGCAGGAACGAAGAGCAUUUGUGGGGGUGGUUGUGGACGAGAGGGGCCUGGCCUUCAUCUCUCCAGACCCAGGGUACCCCAAAAGCUUGAGGGGUGUGUACGCUCCAUUUUUGUUUAAAGAAAAUCCAGUGAGCCCUUCCUAGAUCGGAGGGACUAGGGGUCUCUCUGUGGCGAGUAGCCGAAGAGAAGUGAAAUCUGUCCGCCGCGUGCAGGAGAGAAAUGUCACUACCCUUUGUCCUGCCCUUGCCCAUGGUAUGUAGGCCUAUUGACGUAGUUCCUUCGAGUGGGUCAACCUCUGACCUGUGUGCUGAGCUCUUUGGAGCCCUCGCGUUUCUCUCGGUGUCCCCCCCAAUGCAAUUGUAGUUUCAGUUUGGGGAGUGGUUUUGUUACUGCCCCUUAAGGGCUGAGAAACUUUGGCAUGCGGUAGGCUCUGAGCAAAUAUUUACGAGCUAAUGGAACAGCAAAUGCUGGUCUCACUAUGGGACCCUGUGCCCAGGGCACAUCUGUGGGCCAAGGUGGUGGAAGGGAAGGUUGGGCAGUAGCAGUGCAAGAGGUGGCUUCUGCCUUUCCAGGGGAGGAAAUGUGUUCUCUCUAUCCCUUGGAAACAAGGUGGGGGGCUCUUUAGUAGCUUGGCCUUGCCACAGUCUUGGGCUUCUGGCUGGGUUCAAGACUUUCCCUGCUGCCUUCUUCCCUCACACCCCCUUGGGUGGCAAACAGAGGCAGCCUUGUUCCCGCUCCCAUAGAGCUGCCCUGUUCUCUGCACACUAAAAAUGGAAACCCCCAAGCUAUUUUGGGAGCAGUGCCCAGCCAGACUGUGGCCAUGGCCCCCUGCUCCCACUGGGCUGUGACCACAGCGUCCCUGCUCCCACCAGGCUGCUGGACCUUCCUCUUAGCCUUGUGCCCAGCCCUGCUUAUGAUAGGGUAACCUCAGGAGCGUCCUGCUGAGGCCUCUGAUAGUAUGGGCCAAUCCAAGCGCAAGAAAGGGAACUUUGGGAACAUUCUGCAUAGACAGCCUGGCAGCUAGGUGGUGGGAGGGGCUGGGCAUUGUGGCCUGGGCACAGGCAAGGAGGAAAAAGUGUUCCUCAGUGUAGAAUAGUUUGCCCCAUAACCUAACCAAACUUUGUGUUCCUGCUUGAGGACCAGUGGAUUUGGGAAAAGGUGACUCCUGCUCAGGUCAUGCUGUUGUCGCCUGAUCCAUCCAGCCCUGCCAGGUGACCAUGCCUGUCCUCGGCCCAGUUCUUCUCCAGAUGCUCUGGGCCGGGUGUGUCUUCACCCUACAAUCCCCUCUACCAGCUGCUUUUACUGCCAAUGGCACACAUCUACAGCACUUGGCAAGGGACCCCACCUCAGGUACCCUUUAUGUAGGGGCCACCAACUUCCUGUUCCAGUUGAGCCCAGGGUUGCAGCUGGAAGCCGUGGUGUCCACAGGCCCUGUGAAUGACAGCCGAGAUUGUCUGCCACCUGUGAUACCUGACGAAUGUCCCCAAGCCCAGCCUACUAACAACCCAAACCAGCUGCUCCUGGUCAGCCCAGAGGCUCUGGUGGUGUGUGGGAGUGUUCACCAGGGCAUCUGUGAACUAAGGAGCCUGGGACAGAUCGGGCAACUGCUGCUGAGGCCAGAGAGGCCUGGGGACACCCAGUAUGUGGCUGCAAAUGACCCUGCAGUUAGCACAGUGGGACUAGUUGCCCAGGGAUUGGCGGGGGAGCCGCUCCUGUUUGUGGGGCGGGGGUACACCAGCAGGGGCGUGGGCGGUGGCAUUCCUCCCAUUACAACCCGGGCCCUGCGACCUCCGGACCCCCAAGCUGCCUUCUCUUAUGAAGAGACAGCCAAGCUGGCAGUGGGCCGCCUCUCUGAGUACAGCCACCACUUUGUGAGUGCCUUUGUACGUGGGGCCAGUGCCUACUUCCUGUUCCUGCGGCGAGACCUGAAGGCCCCUUCUAGAGCUUUCCGUGCCUAUGUGUCCCGAGUGUGCCUUCAGGACCAGCAUUACUACUCCUAUGUGGAACUGCCCCUGGCCUGCCAGGGUGGGCGCUAUGGUGUGAUCCAGGCUGCAGCUGUUGCCACAUCCAAGGAGGUGGCCCGUGGGGAUGUGCUCUUUGCUGCCUUCUCCUCCGUGGCUCCUCCCACUGUGGACUGGCCCCUGUCGGCAUCUACUGGGGCAUCUGGAACCUCUGUGCUCUGUGCCUUCCCCCUGGAUGAGGUAGACCAGCUUGCUAACUAUACUCGAGAUGCCUGUUACACCCGGGAAGGCCGCGCUGAGAAUGGGACCAAGGUGGCUGACAUUGCGUAUGAUGUCCUUUCUGACUGUGCACAGCUGCCAGUGGAUACGCCAGAUGCUUUUCCUUGUGGCUCAGACCACACGCCCAGCCCCAUGGUCAGCUGUGUCCCUUUGGAAGCCACCCCGAUUCUGGAGCUGCCAGGGGUUCAACUAACAGCUGUGGCGGUCACCAUAGAGGAUGGACACACCAUCGCUUUCCUGGGUGACAGUCAAGGACAGUUGCAUAGGGUCUACUUAGGCCCUGGAGGAAGUGUUGCCCCGUACUCUACCCAGAGCAUCCAGCUGGGGUCUGCCGUGAGCAGAGACCUUACCUUUGAUGGUACCUUCGAGCAUCUGUAUGUAGCGACCCAGACUACUCUUGUGAAGGUUCCUGUGGCCCCUUGUGCUCAGCGCCUGGACUGUGACUCUUGCCUUGCCCACAGGGACCCUUAUUGUGGAUGGUGUGUGCUCCUGGGCAGAUGCAGUCGCCGGUCGGAGUGCACAAGGGGUCAGGGCCCCGAACAGUGGGUGUGGAGUUUCCAGUCGGAGCUGGGCUGUCUUCAGGUGGUGGCUGUGAGCCCUGCCAAUAUCAGUCGCGAGGAGAAGAGGGAGGUUUUCCUGUCGGUGCCAGGCCUGCCAUCUCUUUGGCCAGGGGAAUCGUAUUUCUGCUACUUUGGAGACCAUCAAAGCCCUGCUCUACUGACUGGUUCUGGUGUGAUGUGCCCCUCCCCAGACCCUAGCGAGGCUCCGAUGCUGCAGAGAGGAGCCGACCAUGUCUCCGUGAAUGUGGAGCUCAGGUUUGGUGCCGUGGUGAUUGCCAACACUUCCGUCUCAUUCUAUGACUGUAUGGCAGUUACUGAGUUUUUCCCGUCUGCGCCGUGCCGGGCCUGUGUGAGCAGCCAUUGGGGGUGUAACUGGUGUGUGUGGCAGCACCUGUGCACACACAAGGCCUCAUGUGACGCCGGGCCUAUGGUGGCAAGCCAGCAGAGCCCACUUCUGUCCCUAGUUCCUCCUGCAAGGGAUGUACUCACCCCUUUCCCACCCACAGUCCCCAAAGCCAUGGUCACCCCUACUCCUACCACCUUCCCAGCGGAGCCUAGGGCUCCUUCUAUAACUCCAGAUGUCCUACCUGGGGCCAGGCCUUCCCGGCUUAGCCUCUGGGGCCCAUGGGUGGGUCCUGGCCCCAUACUUUCCCCUACGUCCACAGAGACACCUCUGCAUGAGAAGCCCCUCCUUCCUGACCUCCCUACCACACCUGGAACCAUUGUCCCUGCCCCUACUGACUUGGGACCAGUGACCACACCUGAGGACCUCUCGGCCUCCUACCCAUUCCCCUCAGAUGCAGCCACCGUGUCCCCUGCAGAGCCUGGCCCUGAGGCCCUGCCUUCCUCGGUGGCUCUGGACCAGCCCCCUGGCACUGCUCCAGCCACCACUUUCCCAGGGGCCACUGGCUCCAUGAAGCCUGUUCUGGAUUGGCUCAUGAAAGAAGGAGGCGAGCUGCCCGAGGCGGAUGAGUGGACGGGUGGUGACACGCCCGCCUUCUCCACUUCCACACUCCUCUCAGGUGAUGGAGACUCAGCAGAGCGCGAGGGCUCUCCUGCCCCCCUCAUCCUCCUGUCCAGCCUCGACUACCAGUACGACACCCCCGGGCUCUGGGAGCUGGGAGAGAUGAGUCAAAGGGUGAGCUCCUGCCCCUGUGUGGAGAAUGUUCAAGGCUCCUUGCUGAUACCAGUCCAUGUGGAGCGAGAAGUCCAGCUUCGCGGCAGGAACCUGUGGCUCUUCCAGGAUGGCCCGCGGAACAGCGAGUGUGUGAUGGAGCUGGAGGGCCUUGAGGUGGCGGUUGAGGCCCAGGUCGAGUGUGAACCACCUCCAGGUGCCUGGUGUCACAUCAAGUGCCAGCAGCACCAGUUCAGCUAUAAGGCUCUGCAGCCGGAACUCCAGGUGGGGCUGUUCCUGCGCUGGGCAGGUGGCCUACGUGUGGACAGUGCUGACGGGCUGUAUGUGGUACUCUAUGACUGCUCCGUGGGACAUGGCGACUGCAGCCGCUGCCAAACUGCCAUGCCCCAGUAUGGCUGUGUGUGGUGUGAAGGGGAGCAUCCACGUUGUGUGGCUCGGGAAGCCUGCCAUGAGGCUGAGACUGUGGCCACUCAGUGCCCGGCGCCUCUCAUUCACUCGGUGGAGCCACUGACUGGACCUAUAGAUGGAGGCACCCGUGUCACCAUCAGGGGCUCCAACCUGGGCCAGCAGGUGCAGGAUGUGCUGGACAUGGUCAGAGUGGCUGGAGUGCCCUGUGCUGUUGAUGCUGGGGAAUACGAGGUCUCCAGCAGUCUUGUGUGCAUCACUGGGACCAGCAGGGAGGAAGUGACAGGCGCUGUGGCAGUGGAGGUGGCUGGAAGAGGACACAGUGUCUCAGAGUUCAACUUUGCCUACCAGGAUCCAAAAGUACACUCCAUCUUCCCAGGCCACGGCCCGAGAGCCGGAGGCACCCGCCUCACCCUUCAUGGUUCUAAGCUCCUGACUGGUCGGCUAGAGGACAUCCGUGUGGUGAUUGGUGACCAGCCUUGCCACUUGCUCCGGGACCAGCAGUCUGAGCAGCUAUACUGUGAGACCAGCCCGUACCCUGUGCCUGCUGCACUGUCAGUGGCUGUCUGGUUUGGUACCACUGAGCGGACACUGCAACACGGCCAGUUCAAGUACACAUCGGACCCUAACAUCACCUCUGUGGGCCCCACCAAGAGCUUCUUCAGUGGAGGACGUGAGAUAUGGGUCCGUGGCCAGAAUCUGGAUGUGGUGCAGAUGCCAAGAAUCCGCGUAACUGUGGUCCCAAGAAUGCUACAGCCUGACCAGGGGCUUGGACAGAGGCAUCAUGGGGUUUCUGAGAAAUUUGAGGAGCCGUGUCUCGUGAACUCUUCCCAUCUUAUCAUGUGCCGCACACCCGCUCUCCCGGGCCCGCCAGAGGACCCCUGGGUCCAGGUGGAGUUUAUCCUGGACAACGUGGUCUUCGACUUUGCCGCACUGAGCCCCACACCCUUCUCCUAUGAGGCUGACCCCACAUUACGUUCUCUCAACCCCGAGGACACAACCGCACCAUUCCGACACAAGCCAGGGAGUGUGUUCUCUGUGGAGGGGGAGAAUCUGGACCUCGCUAUGUCUAAGGAGGAGGUGGUGGCCAUGAUAGGAGAUGGCCCCUGUGUGGUGAAGACACUGACCCGGCACCACCUGUACUGUGAGCCCCCUGUGGAGCAGCCCCUGCCACAGCAGCAUGCCUCCCAGGAGACACCAGACGCUUUGCCUGAGUUCACGGUACAGAUGGGGAACCUGCGCUUCUCCCUGGGUCGUGUGCAGUAUGAUGGCGAGAGCCCUGUGGCUUUUCCCGUGGCGGCCCAAGUGGGUUUGGGAGUGGGCACGUCUCUCCUGGCUCUGGGUGUCAUCAUCAUCGUUCUCAUCUACAGAAGAAAGAGCAAGCAGGCCCUGAGGGACUAUAAGAAAGUGCAGAUCCAGCUGGAGAAUCUGGAGAGCAGUGUGCGGGACCGCUGUAAGAAGGAGUUUACAGACCUCAUGACUGAGAUGACUGAUCUCACCAGCGACCUCCUUGGCAGCGGCAUCCCUUUCCUUGACUACAAGGUGUAUGCAGAGAGGGUCUUCUUCCCAGGGCACCGGGAGUCACCCUUGCACAGGGAUCUCGGCGUCCCUGACAGCAGGCGGCCCACUGUGGAACAGGGCCUGGGGCAGCUCUCCAACCUGCUUAACAGCAAGCUCUUCCUCACCAAGUUCAUCCACACGCUGGAGAGCCAGCGUACCUUCUCUGCUCGGGACCGUGCCUAUGUUGCAUCUCUGCUCACUGUUGCGCUUCACGGGAAGCUCGAAUACUUCACUGACAUCCUCCGUACUCUGCUUAGUGACCUGGUGGCCCAAUAUGUGGCCAAGAACCCCAAGCUGAUGCUGCGCAGGACAGAGACUGUGGUGGAGAAGCUGCUCACCAACUGGAUGUCCAUCUGCCUCUACACCUUUGUGCGGGACUCUGUGGGCGAGCCUCUGUACAUGCUCUUCCGAGGGAUUAAGCAUCAAGUGGACAAGGGUCCCGUGGACAGUGUGACUGGCAAAGCCAAGUACACCCUGAAUGACAACCGCCUGCUCAGAGAGGAUGUGGAGUACCGUCCCCUGACUUUAAAUGCUCUUCUGGCUGUGGGGCCUGGGGCAGGAGAAGCCCAGGGUAUACCCGUGAAAGUCCUGGACUGUGACACCAUCUCUCAGGCCAAGGAGAAGAUGCUUGACCAGCUGUAUAAGGGACUGCCCCUUGCCCAGCGACCAGACUCUCGCACCUUGGAUGUUGAAUGGCGGUCCGGAGUGGCCGGGCACCUCGUCCUUUCUGAUGAGGAUGUCACUUCCGAGAUCCAGGGUCUGUGGAGGCGUCUGAAUACCCUGCAGCAUUACAAGGUCCCAGACGGAGCAACGGUGGCCCUCGUCCCCUGCCUUACAAAGCAUGUUCUUAGGGAAAACCAAGAUUAUGUCCCUGGAGAACGGACCCCAAUGCUGGAGGAUGUAGAUGAGGGGGGCAUCCGCCCCUGGCACCUGGUAAAGCCAAGUGAGGAGCCAGAGCCUCCCAGGCCGCGGAGGGGCAGUCUUCGGGGCGGGGAGCGUGAGCGAGCCAAGGCUAUUCCUGAGAUCUACCUAACACGCCUGCUGUCCAUGAAGGGUACACUGCAGAAGUUUGUGGAUGACCUGUUCCAGGUGAUUCUCAGCACCAGCCGCCCUGUGCCACUGGCUGUGAAGUACUUCUUCGAUUUGCUGGAUGAACAGGCUCAGCAGCACGGCAUCUCUGACCAGGAUACCAUCCACAUCUGGAAGACCAACAGCCUGCCGUUGAGGUUCUGGAUCAACAUCAUCAAAAACCCGCAGUUCGUGUUUGAUGUGCAGACAUCUGAUAACAUGGACGCGGUGCUCCUCGUCAUUGCACAGACCUUCAUGGAUGCCUGCACCCUGGCCGACCACAAACUGGGCAGGGAUUCUCCCAUCAACAAGCUUCUGUAUGCCCGAGAUAUUCCCCGCUACAAACAGAUGGUGGAAAGAUACUAUACAGACAUCAAACAGACCGUCCCGGCCAGUGACCAAGAGAUGAACUCGGUCCUAGCCGAGCUGUCCCGGAACUACUCCGGUGACCUUGGGGCACGCGUGGCUCUGCACGAACUCUACAAGUAUAUCAACAAAUACUAUGACCAGAUCAUCACCGCCCUGGAGGAGGACGGCACUGCCCAGAAGAUGCAGCUGGGCUACCGGCUCCAGCAGAUCGCUGCUGCUGUGGAAAACAAGGUCACGGAUCUAUAGGGGCCAGGGAGCCCUGGCCUGCUGUAUCUUAGCACCUCCUCGGCAGCCCUGGAAUCUCAAGGGGGAGCCACCUUCGUAGAUGCCUGUAGUGACUGACAAGCAGAGUUUAAUGAAAGGUGACUCCCCGUCUCCUGCUGGCUUCAGCCCCAUUGGGCCCACCUUGUAAGCCUGGGACCUAGUGGCUCAGUGGGCAGUGCCAGGCCUGCCCCAAGCCUGUUGACUAUGUGACAUCCUGCCUGGGUGACGCCAGCCUACAGGGAGCUGGGGACUUAGGGUUUCCAGAGAAUGUCUGGUAGGGCCUCCUGGCCCCUGGGGACACUGUACUGUUCUGCACUGGCCUGUGUCCCAUCAGGAAUCACAGCAGAAGGAAGAGAGCCCUCCCACUUCCUGUCCUCUUCAUCCAUCCUCCUUGACCUCAGUUGAGCUUCCUCUGUCUCUGUUUCCUGUUGCCAACUGCAAGGCCUGAAAGGAAAAAGGAAAAAAAAAUGCCUUUCCAGGCUGCUGCUGCCUCAACAGCCGUGGUGCCUCAGGCCCACCCUCUCUUCUGGGAGGCUGGUGGGGAGGGAGAGCAGUGGCCCACCCAUGGUGCAGCUCAUUGUGGAAGAAUGACACCUGGUGUGGAGUCUGACCGGGGACUCACCGACCCUUCUGCUGACUGGCAGCUGUUGGGGACAUGGGCACAGUCACAUUCUAAAGGAUCUCCUGACCCCUAUGAAAGGCCUUAACACUGUCGAAGCGUGAUAGGACUCAGGGAGAGCUGGGGCCUGAUGGGGAGAGCAGGUUCUCCGUUGUCAAGGGCUCCACCUUGUCUGCAGGUUGUGCUCAUGUCUCCACUCAUGGUCCAUGAUUUUGAAAGGAAUUGAGAAGUGUGGCGUCUUUAAAGGUGACUGCAGGCACCGUGGGUAUCAAGGGUCCUUGUCCAUGGCCCUGUGUCUGGACCCGAUUUCCAGAUUGUGGUCCAUGUCGAGGUACCUUAAGGCAGGGACUCAAAGCCAACCACCUGCCUGUGUGGCGGCCCACUUGCAUGGCGUUUUCCUGUUUGAAGUUGCCGGUGACAAGACUGAGGUGUCUGUAGCUGCCUGGAUCAGCAGAACUGGAGGUGAAAAGUGCCCUAGGCCUCACUAGGUGAGGGCUUUAGUGUCCUCAGCUCCCCCUUGGACAGCCACCUUUGGGGUCUUCCCUGAAGGUUUGAAGAGAUGGGCUGAUACAAUUCCAAGAGGAGGCCUUCUUUGUCAUCUCCAAAGUCCUUGUCCUCAAGAGAGCAGGAGCCAUGUUGGUUUUCAUUCCGGCGGUAACCACUGCUGCUAUUUCUGUCAGCUCUAACAUCCCGUCUUGCCCCUGCCGGCCCGACGUGGGAGCCACAGUCACAGAUGGGGUCAGCAGUCGGGUCCUCAUUUGGGAGCAUGCGAACCUCAGUACUAAUAAUAGCUGUCUUAGUCCAGAUCCUAUCCUCACUGAGAAUGUCUGCCUCUCCCAGGGCUAACCAUGGGCUGACAGGGAAUGAGGUCUUGGCUAGACUUCAGACAGGCACAGGGAGGGCGGCAGCUUGAAUCAACAUGGGGAGAGAGCUGCACCUCUGCUCCAGGCUUGCUUCUGCGGUCUUUGGAAGUCCUUUGGGAGGCGGGGGUUCCUGGGGAGGAAGGCCGAGUACCGGCAUGCUUGGGCGCGCACUCACGGGAAGGGCGAGUCCUGAAGAUGCUCUGAAUCACUCAUGUCUCAGCCUCACAGAACACUGUGAUAAAAGAUGUCGUGAAAAUAAAACCUUACCACAUACGAUA